AUGACUGAUUUCGAUUAUUCAGAUAUAACUCCAGUUGAAAUAAAUACUGAAGAACCACAAUUAUGUCAAAUCUUAUAUGAUGAUGAAUAUAAAUCAACUAUGGGUUUAUUACUAGCUCUUAUGAAACAAAAUGAGUAUUCAGAAAGAGCAUUACAAUUAACAGAAUUAGGUAUUGAACAAUUAGCAUCACAUUAUACAACAUGGAUUUAUAGAUUUAAUAUUUUAAAAAAUUUACCAAAUAAAAAUUUAUAUAAUGAAUUAGAUUGGUGUGAACAAAUAGCAAUAGAUAAUGAAAAAAAUUAUCAAAUUUGGAAUUAUAGACAAUUAGUUAUUAAUGAAAUAUUACAAAAUGAAGAAUCACCCAAAGAAUUUAAUCCAUAUAGAGAAUAUCCAGUUUUAGAAGCUAUGUUAGAUUCAGAUCCUAAAAAUCAUCAUGUUUGGUCUUAUAGAAAAUGGCUUAUUGAAAAAUUUGAUUUGUAUAUUGAUCCAAAGGAAAUAGAAUUUGUUAAUUCAAUGAUUGAAAAUGAUGUUUUAAAUAAUAGUGCAUGGAGUCAUCGAUUUUUUAUAAAUUUUAAACAACAAAACACAACAGAUGAUAAAAUAAAUGAAGAAAUUGAAUUUUCCAAAAAAAUGAUUAUAAAAUGUCCACAAAAUGCAAGUUCAUGGAAUUAUUUAUUAGGAAUUUAUGAUAAAUUUAAUAAAAACAUAACAGAAUUGAAAGAAUUUACAUUACAAUUUGUUAAUAUUGAUAAUAAUGAAAUUACAAGUUCUUUUGCAAUGGAAACAUUAGCUAAAAUAUAUAAACAAGAUAAAAAUUUAGAAAAUGCUAAAAAUAUAUAUCAAUUAUUAGCUGAGAAAUAUGAUCCAAUAAGAAGUAAUUAUUGGAAUUAUUUAAUUUCAAAAUGUGUAUAA